UAUUAAAAAAAAUCAUCAACAUCUACAGUUAAAGGUUUUCUGCCGUUCUUUCUUUACUUAUGUCAUUAAAUAUAAAUGAAAUAAAAAAUUAACUAUGAUGAAUUAUCAUUAAAAAUCGCUACAUGUAUAAAUAACUACAUAAGAGUUUUUCAAAUAGUUGAUUUAACUGUCUGAUGGUAUUAUUUUUAAAUUCUCAGUUAUAAAUGGAUCCCAAUAUUCCAAAUCAUUGCCCAGGUACAGACAGUUCAUCUGCUGGUAAAGUGUCUGCAUGUCAAGGAUGUCCGAAUCAGAAUAUUUGUGCGUCUGGUGAAACUCAACUUCCUGAUCCAGCUUUGGAAAUAUUAAAGGAUCGACUCUCUUCUGUAAAAUAUAAAAUAUUAGUACUAUCUGGUAAAGGCGGAGUGGGUAAAAGCACUUUUACAUCAUUGUUAGCUCGAGUGUUGGCUAGUGAAAACGAACAAAAAAAUAUUGGUGUGUUAGAUGUUGAUAUUUGUGGACCUUCACUUCCACUUGUAUUUGGCGUGCAAGAUGAAAAUAUACAUCAAAGUGGAUCUGGAUGGUCUCCAGUGUUUAUUGAAGAAAAUCUAUCAGUCAUGUCUGUUGGAUUUUUGUUAGAAAGUAAAGAUGAUGCAGUAAUUUGGAGAGGGCCAAAGAAAAAUGCAAUGAUAAAACAAUUUUUGACUGAAGUUGAUUGGGGUGACACAUUGGAUUAUUUGAUUGUUGAUACUCCGCCAGGAACAUCAGAUGAACAUCUUUCAUUAGUUCAAUUUCUUAAAUCAACCCAUAACUUUUCAGCAGUUGUUGUAACCACGCCUCAAGAAGUGUCUUUAUUAGAUGUUCGUAAAGAAUUAGAUUUUGCUAGAAAAGUUGGAUUACCUGUAUUGGGUGUAGUAGAAAACAUGGCUUCUUUUGUUUGUCCUAAAUGUAAAGUAACAUCUGAAAUAUUCCCGAAAAACACUGGUGGUGCUGCUCAAAUGGCACUAGAGAUGGGUGUUCCAUUUCUUGGAUCUGUUCCAUUAGAUCCAUCGUUAGGAAGGUGUUGUGAUGAAGGUAUCAACUUUGUUCAAAAACAUGCUGGAUCACCAACAGUCUUGGCUAUUAAACGCAUUGUAGAAAAUUUAACCAGCAGUUUACAAUCAAUUUGAUGAAUAUAUUUUUAAUGAGACAAUGCUUCAAGUACUUUUUUUAUUAAUAUCUUCAGGCCGAGUUUCCUGUCUUGGAAACUUGACUAAUUAAUAAAACAUUUAUAAAGAAAUAAAAUUUAAAUUAUAUUGUUAUAUGUUAUUAUUGUUUCACUAAAAACAUUGUUUGUGUUUGA